AUGCUUUACGGUGCCUUAUUCUGUCCAAUAACCUGGAUUAUCAUUCGUGAUAUCGGACAACUAGCGCUCGUCUAUCUCACCACUGUCUAUGCUCGGCUCAAAUUGAGAUUUAAUCAUGUUAUUUGGCACCUUAUGGGUGCACUCGUGCGAUGCGCUGUCAGGCCCACCUGGGUCAGGAUUGGAUUGGUUCCUUUCAUUAUAUUUCACUUUCCAAACAUUCAUGACAAUUGGCUUGGCGAUGUCAUGCCUAACAAUAUUCCGUUCGACCCAAUUAUCUGCUCGGUGGUUUUCUUCAGUUUGUCAAUGCUAAAGGUGAUCAACAGAAUGAGCUAUUUGAGUAUGGAGAACGGAGUACACGGAGUAUUUGCUGUAGCAAGUACCGAUUCCUGGACGAUCGAAGCUGAUGACAUGGCCGCCGAAGAGGCUGACAUUACCAAUCAGUUGACGAUCCACUCUAUAGCAACGUUUAUGCAGUCUAACGCCGAUGUUUACGGCGGACGGUUAGGACGCGUGAAUUUGCGGAAGUCCGAUAUUGCAUCCGAAUGA